CGCAAACCCUCCUGGAAACCCACUCGUAUUUCCUCUCCAUAAUUUUUACCAUAAUUUUCAUUUUCUAAAUCCAAUGAAUUCAACAUUAGCGUAAGUAAGUCAACUACAAUAAAAAAAAUGACCACCACCAGUUUACUAGAAGAUAGUUCCAGCGCAGCACGCGCUGUGAUUCCAGAUCUAUCUGACGAUGAAGGCACUGUGCCAUUACUGAGUACAUCAGAAACUGCGGAUCUCCCACAACGAGCAGAGGAGCAGAGGAUUAACUUUGUGGAAAAUGAAGAUGAUGGUGACGCACUAGCAGAUCGUAAUGACGAUGGAGAUGUGUUGUUAACAAGACAACUAUCAGUAUCACCAGACGAUAACAACUCGAUGAUCGACUCCUUCAGACCCUCUACUUCGACGUCGACCUAUAGCGAAGCGAUUGGGGCAAAAAUGAGAUAUUUGCAGACGAAAAAAAAGAAGCACCACCAGCACCAGCAGGCAUCACAAUCACUACGGGGGGAGCAUAAAAAUAAGAGAUCCUCUACUUAUUUGUCAUCAUCAAUACAGCAGGACAUUAAAAACAAGACGUUUUCUGAAGAUAGUAGACCUCCUAGACCUGCUAAGCAUCAUACGAGUUCUGACGAGCAAGCAGCAAGAACAUCGUCGACUGGUUCUUCAUCCCGUGUGACAGCGAUCAAUACAUCGAAACUUCAACAACAUCAAGACCACUUAUCCAGGGUUUUGUCCAACCCUUCCACGAACAGGAGCUGCAGGGGUAGGAAGGAAUCAGCUGGGGCGCUUUCUCCUGGUGCUAGCAAAAAUAGAGCGCGGUCGAAGUCAAGAUCUCCGACUACGUCAACUACAUCUGAACAAGGAGGAACAUCUUCUUCUUCUGCAAGUUCAAUAGCGCCUCCCACCUUCGUCACUAUCAUCUACAACCCAUUCAGCGGGGGUGGCCUAGGCAAGCGAAGACAUCGCCAACUAGUCGCCUACUUGCACCAGAGAGGCAUUCUAGCGGUGUCCUAUGCGACGAAAAAGCCUGGGCAUGCACUGGAUUUGUGCGCUGCGGAGAUUCCAUCCUUCAAAGAUGGCGCUCUAGCAAUUCUUGGCGGCGAUGGCACGAUCCACGAAAGCUUAAACGGUUUGGCACAGAGAGAGAAGAAGCGACUCAGUCUGGAAAGAUUGUCAGAAGUGAAGACGUUACAGGUCACGAGGAGACCUCUUCAUGCGCAGUUAGUUCAGCGACUUGAGGGUGCUGAAGCCGAUGUCGAUGGGGCAGCUGGGGGAGUAGUUGUGACAGACGAAGAUCUUUUACCCCCUCCGCGAACACAUCUUUUCCCCUCUGGAGGACCUGUUGAUGAUUCUAUUGCCUUCACAACGGCGCUUAACUCAAGAACAGGAGCAGCUGCUCGUCCUGCUGCGACUACUACUACAACAGGACGUGGUCGUCAAGCAGCUCCAGGAAGAACUGCUCCACGACCGAGAGGCCUACAAGACGUCGAACAAGAUUAUCUCCAGGUCCCGUCAUUCGGAACCAAUUCUAUAUCCAACAACAACAAGAGUCAGUCUGCUUGUUCCCCGAACUCUAGCGGUGCCUGUAGUUCCCUAGGAGCCGGCAGAUCUACUUCCGGAACGACUGCUCUAGGCUCUUCCUGCUCGUCUCCUCCUGAUACGACGCCUGAUACGACUUCUAUGUCUUUGAUCUACACGGAUAUGGAGGGCCAAAGGAGGCGGGGUGGCGGCAACAGCGUUUUGUCGAGUGGGAUGGUGCCCAUCGAUGAACAGGACCAGAUGCAGAUAUUUGGAGAAAAGCCACGUCGAGGAGACGAAAAUACAAGAGAUCUGUUACCACCUGUAGCGAUCGCUAUUCUCCCAGGAGGAACCGGCAACUCAGCUGCUCUUUCAGCCGGCCUAUUGGAUUUUGAUACUGCCUGCCAGGCCCUCGCUGACGGAAAGACUUGUGACUACGACGUUGGCGUCGCGCACUAUACUUCGCUUGAAAGAGCUGGAGUCACGGCUGAGGAGUUAGCGGCUGCUGGCGCGAAAGGAACUACUUCUUCUAGCUCUAGUGCUAGUAACGCGACAACUCGAAAAGCAAAAGCUUUCCAGGGAUAUGAAGACCAGUGCAUUUUUCAUAAUCUUGUUGGGUUAGGCAUGGGCGCUGAUGCAAACGUUAGAGCCGAACGAUGGCGAUGUUGUGGCCGAAGACGCUAUGACGUUGCGGGGUUGAUCGAAGUUUGCAAAACACGGCGUAACAAAGGACCUCAUCAAAGACUGACGUUGUGGAAGCCGAGACCAAGAGACAGAAAAGAUAAAGAUGUCGUGAAGAGAAGGACCACGCAAGGGCAGGAAAAUAGUAAACAAGAGAUCAGUUCCUAUUCUUUCGAGCAUGGUGCUGGAAUCAUUUUCGUCCAGAACAAUCGUCAUGGUGGCACUAGUCUGGACUUGGCGCCUGCAGCCAAGACAAAUGACGGCUUGCUCGAUAUCGUGUGGACGGAUAAAAAGUUGUCCAAAUGGCAUUUCCUAGCUCUCUUUCGGAAACUAAAGGAUGGAGGAAAACACAUCCUGGACAAGGCAGUGCAGGCUAGAACAUGGACGAAAUUGAGGUUCGAAUCUGCGGAACAGAAUAGAUUAGUGAAUGUAGAUGGCGAAAACAUAGGGCAAACGCCUUUAGAGGUGGAAGUGAGACCAGCAUUUUUUAGAUUGUAUUGCUUGUAGAUUUGUUCGAAUGUGCUAAUUAUCAUAUGCUAAUGAUCCUGGACUUCUACAACUACUUGAACUUGAUGAACAUGGAGGUAAUGCAAAAAUAAAUCAAUUUCAAUGGAAAGACAAUAACCCACCAGCCUACACUUCAACGCCCCGAAAAACCACUUACCAGGCUUUUUACGACCAAAAGACUUUUACCCUUUCUCGUGUCUGUGUAAGUACCCAAAUAGUUGUAAUCCCUCAGUAGUAGAGUAAACGCAAAACAUCAAGAAACUACCAGAUAGGACUGAACAAUCGUUUUAGGAUUUGCCAUUGUCACUUUGCACAGACGUGACAGUGUUGUCGUGCUUCAUCCUCACAUUUUAUCGUGAACGAUUUCUAUCCGCCUUCAUCAAGGUGUACGCUGCGCAUAAAGGCUCUUUUAUAAAGCUCUAUUGCAGUGGUGUUGAUGACUAUGAACAAGCAUGACAACUCCCCUGUUGCCUCUGGGCGCGAGCAUGUUGUAGCAGUCCACGUAGAACGCGUCUUCUAUUCAGUUUUGGAGAUCAUGAUGUAAUGUCUGCCAAACUAAAGUCAUAAUUGACCACACUACUUGAGAUCAGCAUUUGAAGCAUACUGCCCCGUAAGUUCACAUGUUUUCCGGAAAACGUACUGAUGCACAGUUACUUUCGAACUUAAUUAUCUUGAUGGGAUUACCUUUAAUACCACAAACUAUUCAACAAUCAACAACAUGGGAAGCACCUCCAAACGCGCGUGCGAUGCACCAAACACCAGCAUGAUCAACUCCUAGCCCUAUCAUAGUUAUCUUAAUUUUCAGAAAACCUCCUUUUCCCCAGCAUCAAUGAUGUUCACCUCCUCCGAACAGUUCGUCCCCAAGGAAUUGUCAAGGUCGC